GGCUGGUCCGUAUCCGGCUGUCCAAUGAGAGGCCGAGACAAAAACCACCGGACCAAUCAAAACCGAGAACCCAAUUUUGUAACACGUCGCUUCCCAGGAGAGCAAUUUAGUGAAGUUUGGAAGGAAAACGAAUCGGACAUAUACAGUCAUAUCAAUAAACUGAACUGUAAUAAACAUGGCAUUGCCGAAAUGGGAGAGAAAGGCGCGGGUAUUUCUCUGCGUGUUCGGUUUGUUGUUGUCUGUUUAUGCGCUUCACGUCGAGCUGUCCCGAGAAAGUAACCCAGAUUACAGAGCGAUGUGCGACCUGGGGGAGUCGGUGAGCUGCUCCAAGGUUUUCACCUCCAGAUGGGGACGUGGUUUUGGUUUGGUUCAGUUCUUUGUUGCCGCAGAUAACCCUCUGAACCAGCCCAACAGUGUGCUUGGCAUCAUAUUUUACACUCUGCAGAUGGGCCUGGGUCUGUCUCUGUCCAAAAAAGCAGCAAUGUUGUUGGUCUUCUUCUCCUGGGUGUCUGUGGCCGGCUCACUCUACCUUGCAUCUAUUCUCGCCUUUGUUCUGGGGGAUUUCUGCAUGGUCUGCGUCUCAACAUAUAUUGUCAACUUUGUGUUGCUCUUCACCAACAUCAAACGUAGGAGAGCAAUUGAAGGAGUGAAGGAAAAGACUGGAUAAAAAGGGACACUUGUGAAAUUCUAAACCUGAAGCCUCACUGGAUCUGAAAGCACGUUGUCUUCCACAGUUCUUCUGCAUGCUGUUAAGACCUUUCAGAGAAAAAGGGGUUGGAUAUACUUCAAUGAAAAUGUUCAAGAUGAUUUUUAGUACAGAAACCUGUAAGAGCUGCUGUCAUUUUUGUAUAAGAAUGUGCAUUUGUGAUGGUGAAUACACAUCUUUGAACACUAA